AACGAGACAGCGGAGUCCGCCUGCUACAGAGUGAAGCUGCUGCCCCGUCAGCCCCCUUUCGCGACGCGGCUCGCUGCUUCCGCGUCGGCCGCGAAGGGAUGGGGACUCGCACUCGGAGUCUCCGCGGGGACUCCCGGCCAUGAAAGGCAGGGACUCGGCAGGGAGCUCAGCACCUGCCGCCGCACGGGGACCGCUUGGCGCGGGCGGGCGGGCUCCGCCUAGGUGAGUGCCGGGCCGGGACCCCUUCCCCGUCGACCUCCGUCCCGCCCCGGGCCCCGGCGCCACACCCCCGGCCCGGCCAGGAUCGCCCUGGAAGACGCUCAGCCCGCGCGGUGGCCUCUGCUUCCCUAGGUGGGACGGACGGCUGCGUCCUCGAAGGCUGGCAGAAGUGCUCUCUGCCCAUGCUCAGGGGAACCGCCUUGUUAUUAAUCCAGGGGCUAAGCUAGGGCUUUCGUACAAGAUUAAGCUCACCCCCCCCAUCGCCCGCCCUUGUGGUUCCAUGUGGGGCUGCUAACCAGUUUCCCUCGUUCUCUGUUGCAGCUGCUUUAUGGGUUUCUUCCCAUUCCUUCUCUCAACUCUACUCACAGAGUUGGCUGUGUUGUACCCACUCGCUUCUGUAAAUAGUAAAAUCAAAUUGGUCAGCAUUUGCUGCCAGUUACAUUAGUUCCACUUGCUGGUGCAUAGGCUUCUCUACAGCGUGUUAUCUCGCUGGCUUCUUUCAAGCAGCCCUGCCCAAACUACUGCCAUUUUUUUUACAGGUGAAGGAAGGAGGGAAUGGGUGUGAGAGUUCUGGCUAAGCAGUAAUUCGGAAAUGCCUUCCUGGCCCAAGCAGCUGAAAUAUUGGCAGAAGCCCAUUAGUUUUUCUUUAUAACUGAUGUUUAUACAUUGUCCUGCAUCCCUUUGGGGCUUAACUACAGACCCAGCCUAUGGAAUUUAAUCUCAGUUUUGUCUUCUGGUUUCUGCAGAAAUCUUAAGAUGUGGUUCCUCAAAUAUGUUGUUAUCUUCCCAGCUGCCUCGCUUUUCAGAAUCUUUCAUCAUGGCUUUCCUGGAGUUCAUGUCUCCCUAUUUUGUGUUGUCUGUUUCUUCUGGUUUCUAGCACUUAUGACAGUCAGUUUCUUGUUACCCGAGGCUGCAUUUGCAUGAAUGUGAGUAAACUGUGUUGGGUAUUUCUGCAGGGUUUAUUCAGGAGGACACAGCUUCUAUACUGGUUGUGUGUGUCAUAACAACAGGAUGUCAUACACAGCUAUCCCAGAGUUAUGUCCUUCCUAAAAUACACUCUGUAACUUACAGUUUGGGAGUGGAAAGAAUAAGCCCUUCUCUUGUAAUGCUCAUGUGAACAAACACCUCUUUAAAGAAGAGUCUGUGCUCACUUUAGCUUCUCUUUUUGCAUGUUUCAAGAGGUUGUGACUUUAAAAAUAAUUUGCUAGUUGAAAUUCCUAAUGGGAAUAUGAUCUGGACUUGUAUCAAGGUGGCUAACCUGUGGCUUAUCAGAAGCUGUUGGACUCCUAUCAGCUCCAGCGUGUGUGGCCAGUGGUCACAAAUGAUGUGAGUUGUAGGCCAAAUACAGGUUAAUCACCCCUGCAGAGCCUGCCAUUAUACAAGAUCACAUUGACUGGCAAAAGAAUCUGAACUGUGGCCUGGCAGUUGCACAGUGUGGCAGAGACACCUCUGCAUCCAUAGCCCUGUCACCCAUACCAGCUGCUGCGAGGGGAAAAGGAGCUCUGUACCAGUGGAGUGAUGCAAUCCAAACACACACACAUACCCCAGUGUGGGCAGUGGGGGUUGAAUUAUACCCUAAGCCUAGUUCUGUGUCUCUAGCAGAGGCAUACUUAGGGCUUGGCAAGGAGCUGUAUCAGCCCCCCCGUAAAAAAUAAAAAUAAAUAAAUCACUUCUGUGUUUGGUCUUGCCACGACAGUGGCAUCAUGUCGCCACACACAUAUAUGCCAUACACUCCAUAGUCUCCCAUGGUCUGCCUUCAUAUCGCCUUGCCAUUUCUCCUGCUCAGCAAUGAAAUUCAUGGCUAAACUCACAACCUUACGCAGAUAACUAGGGUGUGCCUCUGGUUUCCAGUCGUUAACACAAAUUAGCAUUGUUUACCUAUAAACAAGGCACUUGGAUAUAUGGGUAAACUCUGGCCUAUUACCUUUUUCUAUAACAAUCCUGUGGUUCCUAAAACCAGUUAGAAGAGAUAAUAAUUGAUCUGUGUUAUGUGAUCUGAGUUAUUCAUCCCAGACAUGUCCUUCUGUUACCAUUUGACUCUCCUGGUGUCCUGUAAUCUCUAUUGUGGCAAAAUACAGUGGUACCUCGGGUUAAGUACUUAAUUUGUUCUGGAGGUCCGUUCUUAACCUGAAACUGUUCUUAACUUGAAGCACUACUUUAGCUAAUGGGGCCUCCCGCUGCCGCUGCGCCACUGGAACACGAUUUCUAUUCUCAUCCUGAAGCAAAGUUCUUAACCUGAAGCACUAUUUCUGGGUUAGCGGAGUCUGCAACCUGAAGCGUAUGUAACCUGAGGUACCACUGUACCCCUUGCUCCUCUUUGCUUGCUUUAUACCCAGCUGCCCUGCUUUGUGUUGUGUUUGGUUUGCUGCUGCUAACCUGGCCAAGAGAUGGGACAGCAGUUGUGGGCAGGAACUGGAGCAGGGAGACAUAGCGGGAUGUUUUUGUGGUUGGUAGGAGCAAACUAGAAAAAUAAACAAAUGUAUAUUUUUGAAAACUUAAACUGGCAGAGGGGUUCAUGUUUGCAAACUGCUGCAAACACUUGAAUUUGCUUAUUAUGGGGAUCUUUCUACCUCUCUUCCAUUGGAAAAAGUCGCAAAAAGUAUAUUAAGAACUCUUUUCAUUGAGUGUGCAAGAUCCCUUAGAAAUGCUUCUGAAAGAUGGGAUGCUCUGUCAGUGUCUGAGUUAUUUGUAUGAAAAUCCUUGGGCUUCAUUUUUGUGGUGUGAAGUCUGGUGUGUGUGCGUGCGCGCAUAUACAAGCCAGGAACUUGGAAAAUGAAAGCAACUGCUAAAAGCAUUGAAAUCUUGCAGUUCUGUUCAGGACUUUGAUCUCUGUAAGGUUAUGGUAGCUAUUUGUAAUCAGCUCUGCAAGCCUACCCUUUCUCCUGUGAUCUUUGAUUUCCUCCCCGGAAAUGCUUACUGAGAUCACAGCAUUUUCUUAAAACAAAAAUAUCUGAACUACAAUAAGGAUGCAUUUAUAAAUAUUCCCCCCUAUAAUAACAAAGUGAAUGGCUCUGUGCCAAAAAAAGAUGGCAUUGAAAUGGGGCCACCCAGGGAGAAUAGUUUUGGCAUAUUCAAGGACAGAGCCAUCAAAGGGGGUGGGAUACAGGAGCUGCUGCUGUAUUUGUCCCCAGCAGGGGACCUAGACGCUAAACCUUGCAGAAUGAAAGUCAUGAAGCAAAAUGUGCAGGCACCAUUUGAAGUAAGCCCAUACUGACAUCCUUUUGGCACCAGGUGUUGAAGGAAAAUGUCAUUGUAAUGUGGGGUGGAAUUGAACGUAGCUCUGACUGGGAUAUGCUUGCAUAAUAGGACCUCCAUGCCCCCUAACCCUCCAGAGCUGGUGGGGUGUGUGUGAGGGGAGGAAAGUUUAGUUGCAUGAGCAGACCUUGUUCCAUGGCAUAUGCAACAACUGAGUUGAAUUUAUGCUUCCGUUUUCAAUGUAAACCACCUGGAGACCUUUUAAGUAACAAGCAACUAAUAGGUCUAGUAAGUAAGAAUACCUUUGCAGCUGUGCUGGAGUAGAAUCAGAGUUGUUGAGGGAGGAAAAGGAAAGUGUACUAGUGCACAAAGUUCCCACCCAUCCCUGUAGUGAGGAUGCAUGUGUAUUUUUGUCCUAGCUAUAGGAUAGUGGCAUAACUAUAGGUUGUUUUUUUACCUAUAUGACAUCAUUAUUUGCUAGCAAAAUGCCUGAACAGAAGCAAAACGGUAAGCAGUUCCUUAGAAAGGUGGCUUCUAUACUGAAAAGUAAACACCAAAUCAUAGUUUCUUAGCUGGAUUAGUGCAAAGUGACAGAGUUGAUCCUUUGCAUGUAAAACUGGGGUUUCCUCAGUUAUCUUACCUGGUUGUGUCUUGAGGCAGAUAAUCCUGUUGGUUCUAGUCAGAAGUGGAGUUGAGGGGGGUUGUGAUCUGCUGCUUCUGAAUAUCCAGCAAGAAACAGAUUAAAAGACUCAACACAGGCCUGUUCUUUUAACAGUACAGGCUGCUAGUGUUGCAUAUCUGUGUAGUGCGUGUCUUGAGUUCUUUAAAUGACUCCUUUCCUUGGCAAGGUCCCAUUAAAAACAGACGGAAUGACAGACGCUACCUAAAGGGGGAGCAGGGAGAAGUACCUGCCCCAAGGCAAAGUUUAAUUAGGAAUGCUUAACCCUGUUUUGUCAUGCUAGAUUGUCCUGUGAAUCCUUUUAUAGAGCCAACUACAUUCCAUCAUCUCCUUUGAAUAGGCCGAAGCGUUUCUUCUACAGAAUUAUUUCUUACUUUUUGUGUUGAUUCUGUAAUAUGUACAUGCUACCAAAGUUAUUCUGGGUAUCAAUUUGCACCACCUGCCCUGCAACUGGCAGUUUGUAUAUCUCAGCACUUAGUUUAGUGAAAGGACCUUGAGGAUAGUGGUGGGCCAAGACUUCAGCUCCAUCCUCAUAGUGACCUUCCAAUAAGUCCUGCUGCUACAGCCUCUGCUGUGUCUACAUCCUGCUUUGGCCUGUGUGAGAGGAAAAGAUAGCCCCCAUUAGACUGGACUUUGCACACUGUUUGCCAAUGGUGAAUUUCACUCAGGUGAAAUAAGAGCUAGGUGAGAUGAAUAUUUCCACCACUGAAGAACCUCUUUAUUUCAGUGUGCUGUAUAUCUAACUGAGUACCUCUCCUGCUUUUUUCAGUUGUAGGAGUUUGGAGGACAAUAUAAUAUUAAAGCUAGAACUUGCAAGGUGCCUGCACCAGCGGGUAGCCUGGCUGCUCAUCUCUCCUUCUUUGAACAGGGAUGUGGUAGCAGGUUUCUGUCUGUUCAGACACUACAGUUUUUCAGGUGUACAUGUAAGGUGGUAAUAUGUAAAUAUGACCCAACACAUGUUUGCAAAUGUGUGGAUUUACUUGAACAUUCAUCAGAGAGCCAGGAUUGGUGGUUGCUUAUGAAGGGUAUAUUUGUUUGCAUAAUAUGAAAAUUGGCCUGGGCUCCUUUCAUUCUCUAAUCCAGAGCUGGCCAAUGUUGUUUGAUUACAGCUCCCUUUAUCCCUGACUAUUAGCCGUGCUAGGAGAGGUUGAUGAGAGAUGGAGACCACAGCAUCUGGAGGGCACCACACUGACUAUCCCUUCUCUAAUGUGUUAUAUUUUAUAACUCAUAUUUCAUUCAGAAGUAGAAUUUGAGUGCUAAAAUUAAAAGCAACAUGGUGGCCAAUCCUUGAACAAGACAACACCCUUUGCCCCUCCAGUAUCAGUAGUAAUGCAUUUUUUUAAGAGAAAAAAAUGUAAAUUGUAAUUGUGGCUGUUUCGCUUUGUGUGUGCUGUUUGUGCUAUUUUUGUUUUGAACGUUCUGCAAAGAGUCUGAUCUGGCUGCUGCACUGGCACAGUUUCUGAUGAGCAAAGCUAGACUUAUGGAGGGACUUUUCAUAGAUAAAUGUAAUGAGUUAGUGUGGCUCUCCAAACUGUUUUGAUUUAAGUAAAUGAGACUCUAAAUAGUCCCAGUGUAGAGAAUGUGGCCCUCCUAAACUUUUGUCUUUUGUUUUUGUUGGUAACUUGUGUUUCUCCUCUGGCAGUACUGAUUAUUGCAAACAUAUCAUUUAUUUUAGGAGAGAUGUGCAUGUGCCCACGCCCCCAAGCAUUGUGCAUGACCCCUGUGAGAAUCUUCUCAGCUUCUCUUCUUCUGCAUUUCAGCUCACUGCUAUGGACAGUGCGAUCACGUUGUGGCAGUUCCUUUUACAACUCCUCCAGGAGCCUCGGAACAAGGAUGUCAUCUGCUGGACCUCCAAUGACGGAGAGUUCAAGCUGCUGCAGGCAGAAGAGGUGGCCCGCCUCUGGGGGAUCCGUAAAAACAAGCCCAGUAUGAACUACGACAAACUCAGUCGUGCUCUCAGAUAUUACUAUGUGAAGGUAACUCCAGCAUUUAGUUUGUAUCAGAUGUGUAACCCUCCUUUCCUUCUGCCUCAGCCUAAUGAGCUUUUCUGUUUUCCAAGGGUAAUGCAAUGCUAUACAGUGGCAUCUCGGGUUAAGUACUUAAUUCGUUCUGGAGGUCUGUUCUUAACCUGAAACUGUUCUUAACCUGAAGCACCACUUUAGCUAAUCAGGCCUCCUGCUGCUGCCGCCCCGCCGGAGCACGAUUUCUGUUCUCAUCCUGAAGCAAAGUUCUUAACCUGAAGCACUAUUUCUGGGUUAGCGGAGCUGUAACCUGAAGCGUAUGUAACCCGAGGUACCACUGUACAAGCUUGGGUAUCAUGAGAGCUGUUUUCUGUGGCUGAGAGUUUAGCUUUUCAGGUCCUGAACUACUUCUAAAGAGUUAUUAAGUGUCUUAGAUGUUUAAGUGAGGCUUUCCAAGAAAAUCACCUGUCAGGUUGCCAAAAAUGAGUACAAAUUUCAGGGAAAUGAAAGCCCUAAAACCACAACGUAAUUACAACUUGCUAUACUCCUGUGAUGCCAUUUUGUAUUUGGCACUGUCCUAAAAUAUUUUGUUUUAAGUCUGAAUUCAAGUAGACUUUAAUCUCCCCCACCCUUUUACUUCACACAUAUAUAUGCAUUGCCUUUUCCAGAAUAGUGAACAACAUAGGAAGCUACCCCACCUCCUGUGCAAGUGCAUUGCUUCCCCCCCUAGAAGGGGCCUAUUCAGUGCUACCCAUGAACAAGGAAGAGGGAUAUUUUCAUAUGAUCUUAUUUUGCAAACUGUCCUUGUGUGGGUACAUGGCAUAAGAAGUUCCGGAGGCCUGCAGAUUAGAACUUAAAGUUGAGAUAACAUUGGCUUGCUCAUUAAACUUACAAUUCAGUACUUCAGUAAGUACAGAAGGAAAUAAGUGUUGCUGAAUACGGCUUAGAGGCAUUGAAGUGGCUGCAGUUCAUGCUGUUCUGCUGAAUGUCAGCUGCUUAUUUCCCAUCAGCUACAUAAAAGUUACAUAAAUCUUCUCUCAUUUGAGUACUUAACCUUGGUGCUGUAACACAGUGCGCCCACAGAUGCAAACACAGUGCCCAUCUUCAGUAUUUGGGCUUAAGCUUCCUUGCCUUUUAAAUCAAGGCCAUAAAAUGUGUAGGUAGUAGACUGAGUCUGGGCCCAUUACGUGUGACAUAAGUUCAGGGCCAUUAUGAUUUAAUGCACAUUGCGGAUGGGCUUUUUAGAGUGUGGGUGGCCAGACAGGAGAGAAAUAGCAAAACUUUCCAUGAUCAGUGAAUGUUCUGGAUUCAGCCAAUGCUGUAGCCUUGUUGAAGCUAACUGUGGGUGUGACCUGAUAACUGCAGGGAUGAACAGUACCUAGGACUCCCCCACCCCCUUAAGCCACUCUGAGUUUCUAAAUGGAAGGGUGGGAUAUAAAUGUAGGCAGAAUCCAGGCUAAGCUAGUUGUACUUCGUUUCCAUUAAAAUCAAUGGGGCUUGGUCGUUGCUGAUUAAGUGUUAGCAACUUAGCCUGGAUCUAACACAUAAUAACUAUUUAACUAAGCUUGUCCUCAAAUGUAAGUAAUUUUCUUAUUGAAGUGGGGCGUCCUUGGGUUGAGGCUCCGAAGCAAGAAUUCAAAUGAGAGGAGUGCCUGACGCCUUCUUAUUGUUUGAUGUUUCCACAGAACAUCAUCAAAAAAGUGAAUGGCCAGAAGUUUGUUUACAAGUUUGUGUCUUACCCGGAGAUUUUGAAUAUGGACCCCUUAGUGGUUGGCAGGAUUGAGGGUGAUGCCGAGUCUCAGGCGGGCUUGAUAGACGUUAGCAAUGCUGCAAAGGACGUGGAGAACUGUGGGAAGGAGAAGCCUCAGCCCUGUGCAAAGUCCUCAAGCCGCAAUGAUUACAUCCACUCAGGCCUAUAUUCUUCAUUCACUUUGAACUCCCUGAACUCUUCCUCUUGUGUAAAACUCUUUAAGCCAAUCAAUAUGGAGAACCCGACUGAGAAACCGGUGGAGAAGAAAGGUCCUCAGGAACUGACACCAUCGGUCAUAAAAUUUGUGACCGUGUCCUCCAAAAAGCUUUCGAUCUCCCCCCUCGCCUCUACUGCUCAGCCGCCCUCUACUCUGUCAGCUGCUUCCACUCUCCCUUCUGGCUCAGAUGAGAGUCUCCAGGCUUUGGAGUCCCUGGUAACACCGAAAGCUGAGACGUCCACAUCCUUGCCAUGCUUGACCACCAAUUUCACCCCUACGCCUCCUGCAGCCUCCGUUUCUCCUCCUCUCCAGGUUCCUCCCAGGUCUCCUUUGCCACCUUUAAGUUCUGAUCUGGCUAUAGACACAGAUCCUGAGCCUGUGUCGUGCCAGCAGCUGGAACAUUCUCAGAACCAAGUCUUCGAGUUCAAAGAGCAGGGUUCUUCCAUGCUAGAAAAGGAGUUUCGUCAUAGCCGAACUAGAAAGCCUAAAGGGCUGGAAAUUGCUCCCACUCUGGUCAUUACUGGCAGUGACCCAAGUCCGCUGGGGAUACUAAGCCCUUCUCUCCCUACUGCUUCUCUUACACCAGCACUUUUUUCACAGGUAAUCCUGUCUUCCGUUACUUCUGAACCAAAUCCUGUAUGUGUGCAGGAAGCAUGGCAGAGAGAUGACCUCUUCAGAAGAGGUGUGCUAACUUUUCUAAAGGUUAUGAGUGAACAGACAGGGAUUUUUCAAAGCUGGAUGGAAAUCUAACCUGUUGCCUGUGAUCAGGUACAUAGCCAACCAGACCAAGGUGUGUUUAGUGUAACAUGCACUGAUCUUUACAUGAUGGAGGUAGAGCAUAGAGUCAGUUCAGAAUGCCUCAAGUUUCUGGAAAUUUUUGGCAAGGGUGGGAUGAAAAUCAUUUGAGAGAUCCAAACUUCCUAAGCUGAUUUUUCAUGUUUGGAUACAUGAAAAGCCAAUGCAAAUGUAAUGCUCUUUUUGCAGUGUGUCUGUGCUAGCUUAAUUUCAAAGAGAGAAAGUAUACAGCAAGGUUUAGGUGCAUGGUUUUGUUUUUUUUAAAUACUAGCUGUGUGAGUACAGCAUGAACAAAGCUUAGAUGUCAGAAAUUAGUUCAGAUCACUGUUAAAAGUGGCCAUCUUUGCUUGAAUCUGUUCUAUCUAGCUCAUGUUCAAUUGUAGAUUUGCACACAUUCACCAAAAGCUAUUAAACUGAAGUAUUGACUUUCCAAACUUGAUCACCUGCUCUUUUGGGUGUCUGGUGCCGUCAGCUGAUGCUGAAACAACUGCCUUGGCUUCCUUGGAGCGUGGUGCUGAUAAUGCCAAGGUUUCAAGUUUGAUCCCCAUAUGCUGCACAUUCCUGCAUUGCAGGGGGUUGGCAUAGAUGAUCCUCAGGAUCCCUUCCAACUCUACAGUUCGAUGAUUCUAAGCCCAGGUGACCUCGGUGGCUUGGAAGUGUUAAAUGCUUGCUAGUUAUACUGCUGGUAAUGGAAGUUCAGGUGUUCAGUGGUUUCUUAUGUUAAAUUCAUAUAUUAAACUGGUGUUGUGACAUUGUUUUGUAUGUCUCACAGACGCCUAUUUUGCUGACCCCAAGCCCCUUGCUCUCCAGUAUCCAUUUCUGGAGCACUCUCAGUCCAGUUGCCCCUCUCAGCCCAGCAAGAUUGCAAGGUGCUAACACCCUUUUCCAGGUAAGUUCCAGUGGAUGACUUCAGAGGUGGAGCUAGCUGCUCUGGCACUCGGAGUGCCGCACGUGCUGUGUACCCGGGGGCGGGGUAAGCAUCCCAGGGGGGCGGGGGGCGAUGUCACCCCCCCUUCAGGGAUGACAGCAGGGGCGGGCAGCACCCACCGCACCCCCCUUACUCCACCAGUGGAUGACUUAUGUAAAAGAGCCAGUGAGAUUUGCAAAAAUAGAAAUAUCUCCUCUUCUUAUAGGUUCAUUUAGAAGUUCAUCUCAAUUCAGAUGGUUCUCCAUUUGAGAAACAAGCCAUGGGCUCCUGCGCUGCCUCCUCUUCUGCACAGUUUCACUUUCACUUUGCAGCUUACUGCUGACUUUAGAUGGUGUGACAGUGAAUCAGAAAACUGUGGUUAACACUUGCACUGCAAAUCAGAAUUUUAAAAAAGCAUGCUUUUCCAAUUCUGACUUGGAGGGUGAGUGCUAACAAUAGUCCAUGUAAUCCAGACUUUGUAGUACCCUUAGUUCUGGAAGCCUUCCAGUUUAAGCACAAUGGACUGGAAAAUGUUAUUUUAAUGUGUUCUUUUUAGCUUUGUUCUUUUAAUGGAAAAUCCUUAAUGAAACAUGGAACAUGAGCACAGUGGAGAUCUUGUGUUAAUCCCGAAGAGUAAGCAUAGUUUUGUCAUUGGGAUAAUCCAGUGGUAAGAUGAGCAAAUAAUGGUUCUCUUUGAGUGCCACACCCGAUUCCAGGUGAAGGAUACCGUUUAGUGAUUGAAUAGGAACACAUUGAGUAUGUUGUUAUGUUGUGUACAGUGGUACCCCAGGUUAAGUACUUAAUUCUUUCCGGAGGUCCAUUCUUAACCUGAAACUGUUCUUAACCUGAAGCACCACUUUAGCUAAUGGGGCCUCCUGCUGCUGCUGCGCUGCCGGAGCACAAUUUCUGUUCUCAUCCUGAAGCAAAGUUCUUGACCCGAGGUACUAUUUCUGGGUUAGCGGAGUCUGUAACCUGAAGCGUAUGUAACCUGAAGCAUAUGUAACCCGAGGUACCACUGUACAUAAGAGUAAUUUUUGUUGUUGUAACCGCCCUGUGAUCUUUGGAUGAAGGGUGGUGUACAAUUUUUCACUAUUAUUCAAGCCUUUCAGAAAAAUUAAGGUACAGCUUGUAUCUUUAAUUUGUGUGACGCGGUGUACAUCAAAAUGGCGUAAGUAAAUUACUCAGUUCUUCUAUAUGGAUGCUGAGAUGAAAGAACCAAGUUGUGAUAUGCAGGUUCAGGUAUGCGUAUGAGAUAUAUAUAUAGAGAGAGAGAGAGAGAGAGAAUACUCAACGUAAUUUACAGCAAACUUUGAAGCUUGAAGUGGCAUUUAUAUAUUAUGUGCUGGCAGGAGCUAAGAACAGCUGUCCAAAGCUGCUUUUUAAAAAGGUUUUCCAGUUGAUCUGUUAAUGGGCAGAAUAAAAAAAUAACAAUCUCACAAGCAUUUUGGAGUAAAAGAAUUCAACCCAGGAUAGCCUUUUAUCUCAGUCAUGUACUGUAGUCAAAAGUGGCCUAGUGAAAACGCCCUCUAGUGACAAACUGUUAUAGUACCAGGUUAGAAAAAUGGAGGCAUUUGUCGCCACGUCAUCUUUGGUGGCUUUGCUCCCCUGGUUUGUUUUUGUAAGAUCAUUUUACAGUGUGAGUAGUGAACUGAAAAGGCAAGUAUGAACAGACGAGCUUCUUAGAAAUGGUAAUGUUAAAUUGUUAAUUAUUCUGCUGAAAUGAAUAGUCUCAACACACCAGCUAUCAGUGGAAAAGAUAAAUGCUAGUGCACAGAAAACUUUUUACACUGGUGCAAUCUUGGUAUCUGUUUCUGUUUUUCAGUUUCCAUCGGUGCUGAGUACUCAUGGACCAUUUACGAUGUCCGGAAUGGACGGGCCCUCCACUCCUGGGCCUUUCUCCCCAGAUUUGCAGAAGACAUAGGGUAUGGCCUUCUGGGAAAAGGACAGGUGGAAAUCAGGAUAAAGAGGUUUCAUCAAAAUGAUGAAAUCUGGUUUUCAAUAUGGGGUUUGCAAUUCCACAGAGACAAUAUGAACAGGCUUGGGGUUUUUUUCCUAUUCCCGGUUUAAAUGCCUUUUAAAAAAUUCCUUUCAAGACAUAAGGGAAUUUUUAUGGAAACGCCUUAAUUGGAGACUGUUCUCCAAGAUCACUUUUCUCACCUGGUUCUUCUGAUUUAAGAAGGCUUCUCUUGGUAAAGCGAUUUUUCUUGAGGUGGGUGGAAUGCAAUGAUUGACUCUGCAGCAGCUGAUACCAGUCACAACUUUCCUUUUUGACUGGUAACCUUUUGCCCCUUUGCUUCUUGUAUAACCUAUCAAAAUAUUAAUCUCCAUUGGAAGCUGGCAUUCUAAGAAAUACUUGGAAAAUGUUUUUUUGUGUGUUUUUUUUAAGGCUUGCUUUAGGGUUGAUAAUUUCUCUAUUAGUAAUGCAGGAAUGCUGUACGAAAAUAUAUUAUCUCUUUGUAAGAGGAAACUUUUCAGGAGCAUUUUAUAGUGAUAUAGAAGAACUGGGCAAAAUUUUAAGGGUGUUGCCUGUAAAUAGAGAAGAUCUAGCUGUGUAUCCUUUAGCCAAAAUUGUUGAUUCAUCUCCAGAGAAAUGCAUAGCACAUGGAAUGAAUGAAUCGUUUUGGUCUUUAGAAAUAUUUGGAUGUUUUACGUCUGAUGUUGCUUGGUAGGUUUAAAAAACAAAACCCUGAUAUUUAAAGAAGCACACCAUUCUAAUUGCAGAUCUUGGCGACUGAUGUUUUGUGGCAUUGGGGUAACCGUAUAUCUGAUAUGCUGUGUGUGGUGUUGUCUUGAUGCUUGAUAAGGUCGUAUGUAGAUCUGACAUUUGAGCAGUGAAUGUUUGCUUGUAUUCUAUUAUUUUAUUCUCCCCUGUCCCCUUUUAACAAAUAAGGUAUCCAAAGAACAGUCAGUGCUGCUUUUGGCCCCUGAUACCUCUGGGUGAUCCACUUUUCUUUUUGGCCACACUCUCACUCAGAUUUAAAGUUUGAGCAUGUUGAUGCUCCUAAAAGUAGAAAUAAUAUGUGGUUAUUUGAAAGUGUUCCUGUUGAUGAGGAGGGUGUGAGUGGGAAAGGGCAAGGUGGUGUGGGCUGCUUUAUAGCCUGAAAGAGCUAAAAGCUGCUUUCAGACUGCACUUAAUCUUGCGGCAAGGGAGUGGUUAAACCAUACUUGAACUGUUCUUGGAUGUCUCCACUAUGAGGAUAGUUUAGAGGUAAUUUGGUGGUCAUGUUAUGCUGGCUUCCUGAUGAGGCGGUCUGGCUUAUAUGAUUGGAAAGUGAAAGUAUGAUGGGAACCUGGAUAGAUGUUUACAGCAUUAGUUGUUAUCUCUCCGUAGAAAGAGAUUCAUUGAGAGGCAUAGUAUUUCUGCAUAAGUGCUACCCUUAUCUUCUAGAUUUGGGCCAAAGUCCCGAAAUUACCACAAGACCUAUAGCGUCACAUAGCUAUUUGAUGAAAAGGUAAGAUAAAUACCAGGAAUGGUUUUUGGCAGGGUUUUGCUUUUUUAUUUAUUUUUUAAUUGGGAAUUGUUUACCAGCUACUUAUUAAGGACUAAAUGCAAUUUCCCACCACAAUUUUAAUGAUGACUUUUAGUAGUCUGCAGAAGCAGAGAGCGUGAAAAGCAAGCAACUAUUUGAAAUGGCACCUCCAGUGCAAGAUUAAACCUACUGGAUUUGAGAGAAGAUUGAAAUGCUGUGCUUUGCAUCCAUCCCAUUCUUUAAGAUCAGCAGGGGACUUGAGCACAGUCAUCCAGGCUCUUCUGCAAAAUCUCUGUUAAUUUCAAAAUAUGUACCUACGUAUGAGAGUCCCCUAGGGCUGAGUACUAUGCUAAAGGAGAAGACAUUGGCUGGUCCCUCCCACGCCCACUGAAAUACAUAAACUAAAUUUCUCCUUCUCCCAUAGAGUUUGCGAUGCACCAUUCACAAGAACAGUCAGAAGUUAAUUUCUUGGGACUGCCCUUCCAAAACCACUUCUGGUAAGAGGAAAGGAAUGGUGUAAUAUAGCUUAGAACCCAAAGAGACAGCAGAAGGUGUGUUCUUGUCUGUUACUGAAGGUGCAUUGCUGUCAUUCAUUUUCCAGACAUGAUCAGCUAAGUCAUUUGAAAGGUCCAUGUCUGUUGUGCCUAAAUUGAAUGUGCAAUAUUUCCAUAUAUUCUGUUUAAUGCAGACAUGCAGAAAAAUAGCUGCAAGUAGUAAGUGAGAGAAGGCAACCUGCGUUCCCGAGUUUGCACAGGGGGUUUGUAUUCUGCCUCAUGGGCUAAAGUAAUGACAGCACUUUUUAAUAGCAGCCAAUCUAGGCUGGCUGCUUUGGGCAUAUGUAUUGGGGGUAGGAGAGAAGUCAGAGCGAGGUUUUGUUUUGCUUUACAUUUCUUCUUGAGCGCUAAAGGAAUGCAAUCAAACUGUUUGUUCUUUUGUCUUCUUUCUCCUAUCACCAAAGGAAACAGGCAGGGUAUCUUCAAAUAUUUCUUGUGUGGUAUAUGGUGCACCUGUGCCGUAUGUAUAUUUAAAAACAUGUAAGUGAACCAAAGUUGGGCCAUCUUGGUAGCAGUUUUGUUUACCCAGGUUUCACAAUCUAGCCCCACCAGUCUCAAAAAGACACACUGUUGUAAGCUGGCUUGUUACACUGGGCUGAGGUAUACAUACACCUCUUGCUCUUCUGUUUCGUUGUGAUUUGAUAGAGCUCCGUGGCUUCAUUUUGUAGAGGCUUUGCUUUUCUACUUGGUGUUGACUAGCUCUCUGCUUCAUCCUUGACAUGGCAGGUUGUUGGAGGGCUUACAGCGAACAACUGUCUCGUGCUUUUAGCCACUAUGCUACAGCACCCUCCCUCCACCCCAGGGCCACCUUUGAAGGGUGGAAUUGGUGCACCUCUACUCUGUCUGUGAUCCAAGUGCUAGUAGAAUUGGGAUUCAGUGCUGCAAGGUUUCAAAAGAGAUAACCAGCUAAUAUAGACAUUUUGUAUUUGUGUUUCAGCCAGUUCCAAGGUUGGACAGGUUUUUUUUACUUUCAUGCAUGUUCUCUUUUAGGUUUUUUUGGAUGUGUUGAAAACAUUUUAAUUUACAGAAGAAGUUUUUCUUAUGCUUUCAACUGUGUGCAAACUUAAGUUAGAGUCUGAUCUAACUUUAAAUGCUGAAUAUUUGUAUGUGUGUGUGUGUAUGUAUGUAUGUAUGCGGAAAAGAAAAUAACCAGGUGUGUCACUGAGUUAAGGGAGUUAACUGUUUCUUAUUUGGGAGUUAUUUGGGAGAAAAGAGCAAUCAGGAUUGCUCUUUACCUCAUUCGCUCAGUUUUGGCAGUCUUUGGGGUAGCCUAAAUCAUUCAUUGUAUCUGCUAGAGUUAUAUUGUUGCCAACUGUUUUAUUGCCUUUUGAAGUAUCUAAUUGCAUGUAAGCACUUGUUCACACAGCACAUCUUUGUAUUGUAGCAAGAGGGCUGUUGUUUGUUUUUAAAACAGAAAGAGUGAUUAAGGGAUGCCCAAGAAACUAAAUGUUGUUUUUCAAGUUCUAAGUAAGCAAAAAGGACUUCCUUCUCUUACUUUGUGUCAGUUCCCCCAAGUAUGUGCAUUGGAUUUCAGCCGCCAUUCACAGUCAUCACACCAAGUUUUACAGUAGUUGAGGUUGAAACAGAUUGCGACAGGGUGCAACAAACCCAUAAUUAUCUUUGAUUCUAUGUUGAGAUUCCUGCAUUGCACGGGGUUGGACUAGAAGACCUUAAAUUCUGUGAUUCUAAGAAAUGCCAGAGAACUUUAAAUUCUCCACGGCUGUUAACGGCAACAUAAAUAGUAUCAGUAAGCCACAAGGGAAUGACCUAAUCUAGUGCUGCUGAACACAACAGCUCCUAAUCUUGCCAAUGUGUGCAGCCUUUAUUUCUUGUGGAGAAAGCAUUAGGCUGAUGUCUUUGGCCCUGGAGAAAAGUGUGAUGUGGUCCUUAAAAGGCUCAAGGUAGAGGAGAGUAUUUAACACAGUCAUUUGCAAAGUGAAACUGAAGUACAAUUAAUGGGUUGUGGCCUGAUUUGGAUACACAUCUUCUCCCCCCCCCCCCCCUUCACAGGGACUGUAGUGGUUAGACCUAUCUUAAAAGAUGGAUGGAUAUUAUUUGAUUACCUUGUAUUGUGCGUUGCUUUAUUUUGCUUUUCACAUGUUGUGUAUCAUAUUUGGUAGUUGCUUGGAGAUGCUUGGGUAAAGUUACUAAUAAUCUUAAACAGUACUAAUUCCCAGCUUGCUAAACCAUAGCUUAGUGGGUGGAAGCGAGCAGCUUGACUAUUUCACUGCUUGCUUCUUGGUUUAAUAAAGCAACGUUUAGCUGUUGCAUCCCAAAUGGGGAACUGAAUGUUCACCCCGAUCUUAAACCAUUUUCAAGCUCUAGUUUAAUAUCCUGGCUAGUAAAUCAACAUUAAACCACAAUUCCCCAUUUUUGACAUAGCAGCUUGCUGUGGCCGGAGCACACAGUUUUUUCAUUUGUUCCCCAGCUACUGAACAGUGGUUUAAGCAAGCUGCAAACUCAGCAUCCAAAAUGGGCCAGUAUCUGCUUUGAUAUAUAUAUUAAUGCUUUCUUCCCUUUAAUUCAGGGCUGGGCAGUGCCACAAUAGGAAUUAUGCAGAAAUGAUCAGGGCUGGCUAACCAUUUUGGUCUCAGAGCUUCUCACAGAAGAUCAGUGAGUAGCCAAAAUCCUGCUGAAUGCUGCUAAAAGGUCUAUAUAAUCCAACAUCUUAUCUCCCCGUGCAUAGCUAAAUGGGUACUGCAGAAAGUCCAAAAGCAGGAACUUAGUGUUGCUUCUGACAACUGAUAUUUGGUGACAGCUUUUCCCUGAAAGGAGAAGACCCUCCCUCUGUUUCAUGAAUUGAUUCGAUCCCCGCUUUAAAGCCAUCGGCCAUCAGAACAUCUUGUCACCGUGAGCUCCGUAACGUAAGUGGAGCACUGUAUUAAUAACUGGAAGCUUUUCUUUUCCCAUGUGGGAGUCUUUAGAAAGUCUCUCUUUGGGAAGCUUUGUGUAAUCAGAGGAGCAAGUAGUGAGUUGAAUGCACAGGUUUUCUAGCUGGUCCUUCUUGAGUGGUGAGAUUUCUUUGGGGAAAUGUUUUGAAACUGUGGCUUGGCGUUGACUUUUGGUCUUGCUGUUCAGUUGCACCACUUUUAAAUGCUACAUACUAGAAGUUUUUUGUUUGUUUUUUAUCUACUCUUUCAAACUUGUAUAGAAAAGUCUUGUUCUAAAGUAUUUUUAAAAUAGUGUUUGUAUUUUUUAUAGCAGUGUUACCAGAUGCCUUAUGUACGUCACAGUGUGGGUACAGUAGCAUAAUUCAUGCAUUUCCCCCCCCUCUAUAUUUGUAUUCGUAAAUAGUAUGCUCAUGUGUAUCUAAGAAUAUGCAAAAGGUAGAGGCUUGGGAGCUAAUGAGAGAAGCUAGAACAUAGUGCUCUAGCAUGAAAUACUUGGCAAAUGAAAAAAGCCUGAAUUAAUAUUGUGAAGGAGCCGAUGACUUUACAUAAAUUCCAGGACUCCAAAAUGCUUCAGUGUUCUGUCUUUCUGUCAGGACACUAUCUUGUCUGUAAACAGACCCCUGUGUCGCAAUAUAGACAAGCUGAACAAUAUAACACAACACGAUGGCCAAUAACGAUGGCACUAAACACUAUUUACAGACUAAUACAAAUGAUCAGAAAUUACAACCAAAGUCUCUAAAUCUUCUUCACCAGUCACGGUGGAAUAAUUCAAAAGUUUGAUAUAUACAUAAUCUGUCGCCAAAUAUCAGCGGAACAGAGUUUCCGGAUAACCAAUCUGUUUUGUUCAAUGCUUCAUCAGCCAAUCUUGAUCAAUUCUUCAUCAGCCAGACUUGUAAGAAUUAAUAUGAGAAGGAUGCAGUUCAAUUUCUUAACAAGCCAAUCUUACAUGUAAGCAAAUAUAAACGCUGUAGAAAAUAUGCUCUGGAUCAGUGCUCAUAUGGUACCGUCUUGGCUGAUGAAGCAUUGAACGAAACAGAUUGGUUAUCCGGAAACUCUGUUCCGGUGAUAUUUGGUGACAGGUUACGUAUACAGUGGUACCGCAGGUUAAGUACUUAAUUCGUCCCGGAGGUCUGUUCUUAACCUGAAACUGUUCUUAACUUGAAGCACCACUUUAGCUAAUGGAGCUGCCGCGCUGCCGGAGCACGAUUUCUGUUCCCAUCCUGAAGCAAAGUUCUUAACCUGAAGCACUAUUUCUGGGUUAGUGGAGUCUGUAACCUGAAGCGUAUGUAACCCAAGGUAUAACUGUGUGUUGAACUUUUGAAUUAUUCUACUGCGACUGGUGAAGAAGAUUUAGAGACUUUGGUUGUAAUUUCUGAUUAUUUGUAUUAGUCUAUAAAUAGUGUUUAGUGCCAUUGUUAUUGGCCGUUGUGUUGUGUUAUAUUGUUCAGCAGGACACUAUCUAGUGCAUUGGUUUUCAGUUGGUGGGUUGAGAGUCAUUACCAUGAUGGGAGACUUGAUCUGAAGCUGGCUGCAGCAGCACCUCGACCACUAUACAAAUAUAUGGUAAAAAUUAAGGACGGUAUCCAUCGAAUUAGUUUUGUUAGUGCCAUGGAGCUUCCUCUCCCUUACCUCUCAGAGGACUCGGGGGAACCCCCAAACAGAUUUAGGGGGCAUCAGAGGAGAAGUUCUGUAGCACAACUGGAAGUCCUUGCACAAACAAUUACUUCAUUGGAUGCCACCCAAGGGGACCGGUUUCCAAAUGCAUGUUUGAGGUAAUGCUAUGUCUGAAAAGGCUUGAGGACUCCUGGUCCUAGUGCAUUUAUAGGCACCAUUUUGUGGCAGGAGGAGCACGUUUGGAGGCUCCUGAUGAGUUUCAAGUGGUGGCUCUGGGACAUUACUUUUCAGAUCUGAGCCUUCCAUCUCUUUUUGUUUGGGUUACACCUGUUUUAAGAUGGCAGAGCAUGUUCGUGCAAUUGCCAUUUUACUUAUAAGCUCAUGCACUGUUGAUUUCUCCCCCCCGCCUUUCUAAAUAACUGCUAUUCCUAGAGCAAAGUCUCUGCUUUUGCUCAGUUCUGGCAUCAAAAGUAGAACUGUCUUGAGUCUUCAACUUAAGGGCUCCAAUUGGUUAUCCCCCAAGCUGACCAAUGCAGGGCAGAGCACUGGCAGUGGAUUACACUAGGUCCUCAGGUUAUUGUUACUUACAAGAAGUAACAGAGCAGGUUUACAGAAGGGAAAGGGCUUUCUUAUUUUAGCUCCCUUUGGGAAUAAAGUCCCCGUUCUUCUCCCAAGGCCUUUGUGCGGCUGGUUGUAGAGAAAAUAAAAUUGGCUCUAGCUUCUACCAGGCAAGUACUCAUUCUAGUACAGAGGACCUUGGGCUGCAUGUGUGUUCUGCAGUAUGCAUGCAGUCUCAAACAUGGAAGGGACUGUGUUGGUGCAUCUUAGAAUGGAUUCAAUAUAUGAAGCUCCAUGUGUGGAAGGUUUGGCUGGCUAAACAGGAUUUAUUUGGAAAAUAAGUGAAUUUAGCUGGGGGAGAGUAGGUUGUUGAUGUUUUGUUCCCAUUUUUUUUUAAAAAAACUGAAAAUCUGUACCAUUUGAUAUAUAUCCGGUAUGUUAAUGCCAUUCUGUAAAAUAUUGCUGAUAUGUAAUGCAAUUGCAUAAUAGCCAAAGUUCUAAGUAUGUUCUCAGUGUUAUUGUUUUGACUAUAUAAGCACCUCUGGGUAAGAUAUGAGGGAGGCCUUCAAAAUGUUAACAGGUUGGUUAGAAAAGGAAGAAAAAUCUGCCUCUUAAGAAACAGUUUUAUUACAGGAGUAUAAUUCUCGGUCAAAAGCUAGUCUUAAAAGUCUUCAAGAAACUGUACAGUGAUGCCAUUUUUGUGGAUUGGUUUGCUAUUAAAAGUCGGUAUAUAUUGGCUGUUGCACAUCCAAACAUAAUGAAGGUCUUUGCUGCAAAAUCAGGUGACUGUUUUCUAUUGCUUAGACUUUUGUGCAAAAAAGGUUUAGGGUAAUCUUUUUUUUAAAAAAAGUAAAGUUUGGAGGAAGCAUUGCUUAUUUUGUUUAAGAACUGACAGAGGGAUAUGUUUUGUAUAAUAAUGCAAGAUGGCUUUAAACAGUGUAGCAAAUCAUGUUAAUAUGUGCAACCAGACUUGCAAAAUAAUUGUAUUUUUUUAAAUAAAUAUUUUUUAACAAAUGGCAUUAUUUGGAGUGUUACUCUUCUGCAGUGGAAAGAAGUUGUCACUGCAGUUCAGUUAUAAUAGCCAUCUCACUCUGGAUUCUUGAAAUAGAGGUAGCAGCAGUGUAAUCACCUAGCAUUGUCUGAACCGUGUAAUAUAUAAAUGUAGAUGUGCCUCUUCUCUAUCAGUAGUGAUGGUACCAUUCUCAAAGAUCUGAAUGUAUUCAAAUGAUGCCUAUUCAUUGCUAAGUACUGUUCUAGGUUUCUCAGCCACAGCUGUAGCACUGUAAGCAAAAAUAGAUUGGUGGCAUCGUGGUACAGUUUGAGAAACCUGCUUUGGAAGAAACAGACUGAACCUCUACUUGCUUUCUGGCAUUUGAAGUAUCUGCGACUGUUAACCCAUUUGUGGUUUGAAGAACACGAAUAGCAAGGAAAUCAGACUGGAGAAGCAAAUUUAGGAGACCAAGGCUAUUUACAAACCAUACAUUUAAAACACCUCCCCCAAAUAAUAAUGGAAACUGUAGUUUGAGGGGUAAACCACAGUGCCUAGGAUUUUGGGGUGCUUUAAAGGGAUGUGUAUACCUUAGAGCCCAAUACCUUAAAGCUUUAACUCAUUCAGACUUUCUGCAUUCAUGUCUCUUGCCUUGCACCCGUGGUGCAUCUGAAACAGUUCAAGAGAAUUUAUCAAGGUUCCAGUUUUCUAACUGAUAUUUCCUGAGCAGGCACAUGUGUUGUUUUUCUAGUUAUUUUUAGCUAUUACAGCAAUAUUUUUUCAAAAUUGAGAUUAAAACGUAUACUUACGUAGUUCAUACACCUUUUCAGUUACAGAAGCUAUACCUAUUUAGUAGAAUAAUUGUAAAAUUAUGCUUGUUUGUCUUUCUCUCUACACUUGAAAGGGACACUAAAGAAUUAAUUUUCUAUAAAGGCUGCUAGCUACUGGGAUGAACAGUGAUGCUGCAGUACAUGUAAAGUGUCUAUGCUUGUUAAAUAAGUAAUGAAGUAGGUAUGGAUUAAUUGCAUGUGAGGUGUAACCUCAAAAUAAGCCAAAUCAGGAAUGCAACUUUUACUCCUGCUGUUAACACAAUGGUUGCUAUCAGAUGCAACAGCAAAGCAUGGUUUGCCAUAAACAAGCAGGUGUAAUUUUUGCUCAAGCAUGUUCUUCAUGUGCACAGUGGAAUGAAAUUAAGUCCCCACUUCUGGUUUAUGGCAAAUGAUAUUUUGCUGUUUCACCCACACCUGGUAAACCAUGGCUUGCUGUAAACCAGCAUGAGAACUCAAUAUUCUUGCAAUGCUAACAUUCUGUUAAAGACAAAUUAUAUUGUUGCUCAGGUUCACAUGAGAAAUACAACAUUUUGCUUAAUCGGAUUGAGGUCUACCUGGUUCUGCCGCCUUGUCCAAGAAUCCUAGGGAGCAGUUGCUGUAGGGAGUCCACUGGAAAAGGCUGUGGUCCAACACACAUAUAUAAACUUAGAGCACAAGAUGACACAAGCUCUGUAAUCAAGGCGGGUAUAUUUUAAGGAUUGGACAACAUGGAAAUCAAAGAUGAGGGCGCAUACCCAUGCAACAUAGCAAUUGAAGUCAAAUGACAACAGAAAAAUUCAGUAUAAUGCACAAUUUUGAAAUGAGCAGUGCAACAAGCCUCUAGGGGGAAAUAGCUACUUGAGUGAAGUUGCUGGGUCCCAUCUUAGUUACUCCACGAGUUCAUGCGACAAGAGCAAUCACAUUAAACAUUCCUUUAUAUAUACACACACAUGUAUAUCUAUCUGUGGGACAGAAAUUGCAACAAAGCCAGCUCAAGUUUGCUAAAGCUAAGUUUUGAACUAUCCCAAUACCUUCUCUCUUAAGAACAUGGCUGCCUUCUUAAUAUUCAGUACCUCUCAAGUUCUGCUUCCGGAAGGCACCUCAUUAUAUUGCACAAAUGGAAGAGACUUGAUGUUUGGCUUCAUGUACUUCAAAAUUUUCAUACUUCAUGGGUAAAGCUGUCCCAUCAACAGAAGUAGCCUACAGCUCUCCUGUUCCUUCUACUCUACUAAUUGUGAACCGUCAGUAUAUUCUGGUUCUACUGAACUCAACCCACCAUUAGUUUCACUGUACCUUUCCCACUGCCCUGGCAUUUCCGCCAUGUGAAAUCCCAUCUGGAGAUGCACAAAACUUGAAUACUUCAACCUGGGUGAUGCAGUAUUUUUUAAAAAAUAAAAUAAAAUUCUGGAUGCCUGUUGUACAGCAUCAGUGAAUAGAGUUCAUAAUGCUGCAGCAAACGUUUUGCAACUUGAUCAAAUUAGAAAUAUCUACAGCUGCCUCUUGGUUUGCAGUGAAUGAACUUUAGGAAGCCUCCCGCCACCCCCAAGGUUCUAAAGUGACAGGAAUACACCUUUCACUGCCUGUGUUCCUGAAGGGAUAUGGGAGGUUACCAGAGGAGUUAAACUUUCACAUGUCAAGAUUCCAGCCCUUCUAGUCUUCAUUCUUGCUACAGUGAUUCUUCUCUAGUGACGGACCGACUGGCUGAUGUGAAUGAGUUGGAACCGACAAGUCUGAGAAUAGAAAAUCCAGGUAGUUUUAAACCAGACGGUAAGAGCAAAUCUUUCUUUUGGUUGGUGUGACGGUGUGCUUGAUCCAAAUACAAACUCACGGCUUCCUUUAGCUCUGAUAAAGUCCAGGUUCUUCCAUUGAUGGUGGCGGCUUGUCCGGUGACAGAUCCAGAUCUGCAAAACAAGAUUCCUCUCAGCAGCCAUUCAGAAACGAAACAGCCAGUGGAUGAGCUUUGACUUUGAAGGUGGAAGUCAUUGGCAGGCUACAUACCUUCUACCCUUUCCAAACACAACCAUGUGCACACAUCAAAGAGAGCUACGUUUAGCUCUCUGCAUGUUCUAAGACAUGCAUUUCCAUUUCACUUUUCUUGGUUCACUGUGUCUUCAUGGCACUGCACUGGGUGGUUCCGAGUCUUGCCUACAACUGGCUCUUAAUCGGGUAGCGGGGUGAAGCUGCUCCCGCUAGCUUCCCAGCAGGUGGGUCACUCUUGUUUACUGCGGGAGGGUGGUGAGAUCGUGCGGAAAUCGGCGUGGCAUAAACGCACCAGUGGAGUCAAUCUGGUGCUCCUACCAGUGCAUUUGCACUGUGUCCACAGCCUCAUCCAUCUCUCUCCUGGUAAGCAAUAGUAACCCUCCUGCUAGCCAGUGGCUCUGCCCCACCUGGUGAGCCACUUCAGCUCAUAAUGGGACAUUUGCUACUACUUGCAUAAUACAUUCUACACCUAACUCAGUUGAGCUAUAUCUCUAUUUAUCUGGAAAAACAAUGGACUUAAUACACUGUAGUAAGAUGCUCAUGUUGACAGCAGCAGAUGCAACAAGAAGUGGAAACAGGAUUAGUUUAACCAUCCUAUGCACAAAGCUCAAAGCGCACCUGCUCUGCUCCUCCCUUAACCAAGCAGGGAAAGUUCAUGGAACCACUGGCUGCAGCCCAAACUCUGGUUUGUUUUGGGGAGAAUAAAACCACAACUGGGAAGGCAGGAACAAGCCUUGGCUUCAGAUCAUGGCUUAUUUUUCUCUCUCCAUGCUACAAGUGUUGGUACAGAUGCAAAGCUACACCAGCUGUCUUUUGCCAUGACUUAGAUUGUCAUUUUUAAAUUAUUGGUUCUACUGAGACUGUAAUCUUGUAUUCUCUAUUGGUGAGUUGACAGCUUUGUGGCCUGUUUUCCCCAUUCUACAGGGUGAGUUGUGUGCACCAGCCUGUAACAUGGGUAGGUAAAACAAACCAUGCUUAUUUAGCUGUUAUUGCAUUUAUAUCCUACUUCUCCCCCAAAAGAGCCAGAGGGUGGUGUACAUGGCUCUCCCCCUCGCCAUGUUAGCCUCCCAAGAACCCUGAGAGGUAGGCUGGGCUGAGAGUUGAUCAUGGGCCCAAGGUCACCCACUCAGUGAACUUCAUGGCUGAAUGGGGGAUUUGAACCCUGGUCUCUCAUGUGCAAGUGCAGCACCUUAACCACUACCUCCCAGCUUAGGAUUUAAGAGCAGGCUGGCUAAUCUGUGGCCUUCAAGAUGGUGUUGGGACUACACCUCCCAUCACCCCCCAGUGUCCGCCAUGCUGGCUGGGGCUGUUGGGAGUUGAAUUUCCAGGAUGCCACAUUGGCUACUCCUGGCUUUGAAAUGUUGAAGUCUGUCCGCAGCUUAAGCAAGGAAAGCUGACUCAUGCUUGUUUUUAAAAAUUGAUUUAGCACCUUUUAAGCUCUUCCUCCACCCCCACUUUCCUGCUAUAUUGUUUUUAAAAAGUGCUUUAUUUCACCCCUUAGCCACUUUGUCCAACAGUAAAGAAAGUAAAGUUCGGGGUGCCAGACAGAUCAUUGUGGGCCAAGCCAGGCAGGAAGAACAGGCAGGAAGCAGCUGUAAAGCAAACACUUCCUUGCAUUUUCUCCUUGGAGCAAGACACCCUGGCUUGCUUUGCACUAAUGCCGUACCCCCCUCUUCCAUUCUUUUCAGAAGUGUGGAAGGAAGGGGGAGAGAUUGGGAUAAUGGGCUGGCAGCCCUUACCUGAUUGGGGUUGAGGGUGCAUCCUGUGGGAAAACAGAAGGAAGAUGUAGAAAACGAAGGCAAAGGCUCCAAAGAUGGUCCCACACACUAGGAAACUGUAACUGCCCUGGUCAUGAAUGAUCUGUCGCAAAAGAAAAACAGCAAGGUUCAGGGCAGCCUUUGCACCUAAAUGAGAGCCACACAUUGCCUUGAAUGGGUCUGGGAGCCAGAGGAAUAACGUCAGAGUGCACCAGCCGUGCUGACGGGGGUUGGAUAGGAUCCAUUUCCCAUGAGUGGGCUGUUUCAGACAGAUUGUCUGACCUUCAGAGAAAGCAGCAGAUACCAUCUGUUUCCCUAGGGUGUCUACCUGCCAGAAAACGUAUCUCAGAAGGGAAAGAGCAGGAGUUCAAGAAAUGUACUGCCCAGCUUUCAGCUGCAAAGGUGUCUUGAGCCACUCUAUGCAAUGCCUUGACUCAAAACAGAAAAACUUUCUUUUCACCCAUUGGAUGAGGAGGCUCUCUGUCAAGAAAUUUGCUCGAGUUAAACCUCUGUGUUAUUUCUUAAUUUGGUAUCCUGCCCUUUCUCCUAGCAGCUCGAGGUAAUACACACCUUUCUUCUCCUACCCCACUAGCGGAGGAAGGGGGUGCGGGGGGUGCAGUCUGCCACAGGUGUCAUCCCUGAGAGGGGGUUACAUCAUCGCAGGCGCCACCCUCCGGUGGGACAGAGGUGGAGAUAGCCGCCACAGCCCCGUGGGAUGCUUGCCUCGCCCCCGGGUGCAUAGCAUGUGGGCUGGUCCGGGUGCUGGAGCAGCUAGCUCCACCUCUGUCCUACCCCUCAGCUUUAUCUUCACAACCACCCUGCAAAGGAGGUUAGGCUGAGCGAGGAAGACUGCCCCCACCCCAAAUGCCACUGAGGGAUUUGAGUACACACCACGGUGCCUUCCUUAAGGGUUUGAAAGAAGGCAAGGCGGAGAAGCUGGACAAAUGCGUCCUCCCAAGCAGGGGCAUGCUUAAAAUACCACCCAAGGGGCUAUGCUGGUGACAUGAGGAUAGCUGCAGGUUGCAUGUUCUGCCACCAGAGGCCGCCAGGUGAUAGCCAUCAUGAGCGGUACUGCAUACACUUUGCAUACAGGAGAUGAGAGAUUCAAUCCAGUUAAAAGUGGCAAGGGUUGUGGACUAAUUCUUAUGGAGACCCCAGAGAGCUGCAAACAAUCCUGGCCUAGGUAGACAAAUUGCCUUGGCAGAAGGUUGCUUCCUCUGUUUCUUUCACACUUUAUUAGAAACAGAUCAAUUGCCCUUUGCUUCAGAACAAGCCUGGCUUUCUAAAAACUCCAGAAAACCAUGAGCAGCAUUUCCAUACAUGGUGAGUUCCUUCUUGCAGGAGUAUUUGGAUGGAGACAGUCAUUAACAUUAUGAAGCAUCUCAGGACAGUGGUGGGACACACAGGGUUGUAGCCAAAGCAGUGCUAAGCAAUGUAUUCCAUUAGCACAAUGGAGCUUCUCCUGCUUACCUCCCCAGAUCUGCCCCCAAUCUGCGCUGAGUUUUCCCCCAACCGCCUGGUAAAGAUGUUGGGAGGGCAUGGGGUGCAGACAGAGGGAGGAGAAGAGGAGAAGUUGCAUUGCACCAAUGCUUGCACUAAUGGAACAAGUACACAGGAUAUCAUCCAUGCUUUGCAUGCACAAGGUCCCAGGGUCAAUUGCUGGCUUCUGUAGAUAAGGUUGGGAAAGUCUCAUGUUGAGCUGCUGGACCAUGGAUGGGGAACCUGCAGAUAUUCUGGACUCCCAACUCCCAUCAUACGUGGCCACCAGCCGUGCUGGCUAGGGAUAACUGAAGAUGGUCAGAAAUUAUGGGAACUAGAAUCCAACCAUAGUUGGAGGGCCACAGAGCAUCAGAAGCCUGUUGGAUCAGACUGAUGUACCAUCUAAUCCAAAAUCCUCUUUCCCCGCAGUGGCCCACCAGAUGCUCAUGGGAAACCAGCAAGCAGGUUCUCUGCCCUAUUGUAGACAAUACUGAACUGGUGCUCUAGCUGAUGGCCC